AUGGCGCUCGACAAUUACUACCGCAAUAAGAUCGAGGGGAUGAAGCUGGAGAUUAUCCAGGGUCAAGCAGUUCUACGACGAUUAGAGGCACAGCGCAACGAUUACAACUCGCGGGUGCGUCUGUUGCGGGAGGAGCUCGGUCUUUUGCAGCAACCUGGCUCGUUCACCCGGAGGGGAAAAUACGUCGUCGAUAUCGCGGAUGGCGUAGACAUUGCCAAGCUUACCGUGGGCAAGCGGGUCGCCCUUCUUUCCGACUCAUACAAGCUGGAGAAGAUGCUCCCAUCCUCCGUCGAUCCCCUCGUUUCGCUCAUGAUGGUGGAGAAGGUUCCCGACAGCACAUAUGACAUGAUCGGUGGAUUGGACCAACAAAUCAAAGAAAUCAAGGAGGUUAUUGAGCUCGGUCUUAAGCACCCCGAGCUAUUUGAAUCUCUGGGUAUUGCACAGCCCAAGGGUGUCUUGCUAUAUGGCCCACCCGGUACCGGUAAGACGCUUCUGGCUCGAGCUGUGGCUCAUCACACGGAUUGUCGAUUUAUCCGAGUCAGCGGUUCAGAAUUGGUUCAAAAGUACAUUGGUGAGGGUAGUCGAAUGGUGCGUGAGCUGUUCGUCAUGGCCCGUGAACAUGCACCUAGUAUUAUCUUCAUGGAUGAGAUUGAUAGUAUUGGAUCCAGUCGUAUAGACUCGGCAGGAGGUGGUGAUUCUGAGGUUCAGCGUACCAUGCUGGAGUUGCUGAAUCAACUGGACGGCUUCGAGCCAACUAAGAACAUCAAGAUCAUUAUGGCAACCAAUCGAUUGGACAUCCUGGAUCCGGCCUUGCUGCGACCCGGGCGAAUUGAUCGCAAGAUUGAGUUCCCACCUCCAUCGGUCGAGGCUCGUGCGGAUAUUCUACGGAUCCACUCUCGCUCAAUGAACCUUACUCGUGGUAUCAACCUUACCAAGAUCGCCGAGAAAAUGAACGGAUGCUCGGGAGCCGAACUGAAGGGAGUUUGUACCGAAGCUGGUAUGUAUGCGCUGCGUGAGCGACGUGUGCAUGUGACCCAGGAGGACUUCGACCUUGCUACUGCCAAGAUCCUCAACAAGCACGAUGACAAGGAAGUUGCCGUCUCUAAGUUGUGGAAGUAG